AUGUCCACGGGAAAGCGAUUGGCCAAACGGAGCAUCAUCGGGACGCGAGUUUGUGCCCCGGGUAACGAUGGAAUGUACUACAGUGGAGUGAUUCACGCGGUUAAAACUCCGGCCUCGACGGUCGCCUCGGAGUCCGCUGGUUUAAGGAUUACACCCAAGACCCGGUACUCUGUGAGGUUCGACCCGGUUCCUGGAACCGCCAGGCCCCCGAGUCCUACCACUGAGUUCGCAGAUCGCGACCUUAUUGGUCCAGGGUUCGGGUCUGUCACCAGCGCCAGGCUUGUUCCAGGACAAAGAGUCUACCUGACGUUCAACGGCAGGGAGGUUAACGCUCAGGUCACCCAACAUCGAGAACAUCUGGAUGAAGUAGACGUUGUUUUCGCUCCCACUGGUCAGGAGGGAACAAUGAGACUGACAAAGCGGAUCGACGAGAUUCGUCUACUGGAAUCGCGAAAGAGUGCGCGAUUAGCGGAUCAAGACACGGACUUUGCAAGACUAGCAGAUAUGGCCGGCGACCGCAAACGCGCCUCCUCUCACUCAAUAGACGUGCCACACGUACCCGGAUCGCGCAAACGCAGACCAAGUUCCGGGAACGAAUCAGACCGAAGUUCCUACAGCGGGUGCUGCGUAACAGAAAAUGGCGUAAAGAUCUGCCACAAUUUGAAGUGCUGCGGCCGCGCCCCAGAAUCUAGGAACCGCGAAGGGGGAAUGGACGAGUGCACAGCAGCCCUGGUGCUGAUGUCGCUGUCCUGCUCGCCGCACAGUCCGAACCACCCUUUGCAGCAAUGUUCCAGCCAGUUCCAGUGUUCCAGGAACAACAGAAUGGGCGAGGUGGUCGUCGGAACGCCUUCAAGCAACAGCAACAGCAGCUGCGACACCUCCUGGAGAACUGGAACGCCCUCUCCGACUCUGAGCGAAGACGCGGUUCCUCUGAACAGCUCGCCGCCCGGGUCCUCGACCUGGCCGGUUCAUUCCAGACCGGGAACCUCCAGGAACUCCGAGGACUUGUUCGUCAACAAGUCCGACGGCUCCUCCGGCAGCACUCCGACUUCUGGCACCUGCGACGAAGGCAUCGUCAUGGACCUUGAGGACUACCUUGAAGAAAUGCAGCCACGUAAGAAAAAAAGAGAUUUCAAAAACGCAUCUGAUCGUCAGAGCCCGACAUUGAAGACAAAGAGCUACGAGAUUGAUAAAUCG